ACUAUCUCGAAAACCGAGUAAAACCCUAAACCCGACCAGAAUGAACUGAACUGAAAAUUCCUUCUCCAUAGCUCAGCUUCUGAUCGGAAUCAUUCGACGGUCUCCGAAAAUGCGAUCCCUGUCGAUGAGAUUCCCCUCCAGGUCCCUCCUCAAGCUGCUCGCCGCUUCGACGGAAUCUCCGUUCUCCCGCCAUCUCUGCUCGCAGUCCUUACAGUCCGAAUCCCGGACUCAGAAGCUGGAGCGGAUCGCGGACGAGCUCCUCUCCCUGACCAAACUCGAGCGGUACGACUACUCCAUCCUCUUCCGCCUCAAGAUGGGCCUCAACCAGUACGGACCCGCCGUAUCCGGACUCGGCUCGCCCGGGGCGGCUGCAGCACAGGGAGCGGAUGGGAAGCCAGCCGCGGCAGCAGCAGAAAAGACGGCGUUCGACAUUAAGUUGGAGAAGUUCGAUGCUGCGGCGAAGAUCAAGGUGAUCAAGGAAGUCAGGACCUUUACGGAUUUGGGGCUGAAGGAGGCCAAGGAGUUGGUGGAGAAAGCGCCGGUGGUGUUGAAGAAAGGCGUCACUAAGGAGGAGGCCGCUCCGAUCCUGGAGAAGCUCAAGGAGGUCGGUGCUACUGUUACUUUAGAAUGAAUGAAUUUCAUGUUUCUUUUGAUCUUUUAAGCCUAAUCUUGCAGUGUAGUAUAAUAUUUGGAGAGUUGAGAAAUUGAAUGAAAUUCGGGAAUUCUUUCUAUGGUCUCGCGAAAAAUUCCUAGCCGGAAAUGGAAUUGAAUUCAAGGGUGGCAUUGUGCGUCCAUGGAGUUGUGGUUGAAUUAUCAAUUUAUGUUUCCGUUUUAAAUU